CAUCGUUGCCGCGUAUAAUCCCAAGUAUACCUCAGCUCCCAUCGACGAGAUCCACACCAAGCAGCUCGAGCAGCCUACGACCAUGACUUCUCUCCCACACGAAGAAGAGCAGAGCUCUAAGGAUUCGGAAAGCUCUAAGGGUUUGGAAAAUUAUGCGCAUACUACUUCGGAAUUGCGGGAGAUGAAAGUACCUCUGGAAGGUGAUUUUACGCUUGAUAGCGAGAAAGACCCAUGCGGUUCCAGAGACCACAUUUCCGACCCGGUUUAUAUUAAGUCUACAGAGGAUGCAAAGCAAUGUGACCACAGACUGCUGGGCCAACAGCAAGAACUUUUCUUUUGCCACCCACUCAGCCCUGGGAGUUGGUUCUUCCUCCCACUUGGCACUCGUGUAUUUAACAAGUUGAUGGCAUUCAUCAAAAAUGAAUACUGGAACAGGGGUUACACUGAGGUCAUUUCACCAAAUAUGUUCAACAUGAAACUCUGGGAAACAUCCGGAGAUGUUGCAAACGCCAAGAAUAAUAUGUUUAUCCUUGAUGUUGAUAAACAAGAGUUUGGGCUCAAAUCUAUGAACUGCCCUGGUCACUGCUUGAUCUUCCAGCACAGAGUUCGCUCCUACAGAGAAUUACCCAUCAGACUGGCUGACUUUGGAAUAUUACAUAGAAAUGAGCCAAGUGAUGCUCUAACUGGGUUGACCUGUCUUCGAAGAUUCCAACAGGAUGAUGCACACAUAUUCUGUACAAAGGAUCAGGUUAGAGAAGAAGUUAAAUGUGUACUGGAAUUCGUUGACUCUGUUUACUCAAAAUUUGGGUUGACAUAUGAGCUAAGGCUUUCAACGAGGCCAGAGAAGUACCUUGGAGAUUUGGAAACAUGGGUUAGAGUUGAAGAGGAUCUUAAAAAGGCACUAGAAGAAUUUGGAAAGCCAUUCCUUUUGAACAAAGGAGACGGGGAGUUUUGUGGCCCAAAGAUUGACAUUACAAUUUUUGAUGCAAUGAAAAAAAAUAUCCAGUGUGGUACUUUACAGCUUGAUUUCCAACUACCUGAUAGCUUCAAACUGGAGUAUUCAUCUUCAACUGAAGAUGAAGUGAAGAGGGAGAGACCUGUGAUGAUACAUAGAGCGGUGUUGGGAUCUGUUGAGCAUAUGAUUGCCAUAUUGUUAGAGCAUUACGAAGGAAAAUGGCCUUUCUGGCUCAGUCCGCGGCAGGCCAUAGUUUGCUCUUCGUCAAAGAAGCAUCAUUCCUACGCCGAAAAGGUGAGAGAUCAAAUUCACGAAGCUGGGUACUAUGUUGAUGUUGACGUCAGUGACAGAGAUAUCAGAGAAAAGGUGCGAGAAGCUCAGGUUGCACAGUACAACUUUGUACUAGUUGUGGGUGAUGAAGAAGCUACAACUGGACAGGUGACUGUUCAGCUGAGAGAGGAAGACGGUUCCUACUUCCCAGUGAUGAGCAUCGAAACUCUGCUAGAUGUCUUCAAGCUCAAGAGUGCCAACUACCUCUGAGAUCGGUGGGUGGGUUAUAAUAUAUAUUUUUUGAUGUAUAGAGGGUUGUUCAAAAAUCACAAACACUGCAAUGAAAGCUUUUCGUACUUUAACUUAAGAUCCCAUUUGUACGGCUAAUCACAAUUCACAAGGGAAUAAGAAAAAGGUGUUCUUGA